GCUCGUCUCCCUCGCAAAUCGCCGAUAAAAGCACUAAAAAAACCUUUCACAUAAUGAAGGCGGAGCUAAACUUACCUGAGGGAUUCCGAUUUCACCCGACGGACGAAGAGCUCGUGAAGUUCUAUCUGUGCCGGAGAUGCGCAUCGGAGCCAAUCAGCGCUCCGGUUAUCGCAGAGAUUGAUCUGUACAAGUUCAAUCCAUGGGAGCUUCCAGAGAUGGCUCUGUACGGAGAGAAAGAAUGGUACUUCUUCUCGCACCGAGACCGGAAAUACCCAAACGGUUCGCGUCCGAACCGGUCAGCUGGAACCGGUUAUUGGAAAGCGACUGGAGCUGAUAAACCGAUCGGUAAACCGAAGACGUUAGGGAUCAAGAAAGCACUCGUCUUCUACGCCGGGAAAGCUCCGAGAGGGGUGAAGACGAAUUGGAUCAUGCACGAGUAUCGUCUCGCUAAUGUUGAUCGAUCUGCCUCUUCUUCGAACAAGAAGAACAGCUUGAGGCUUGAUGAUUGGGUUUUAUGUCGGAUUUAUAACAAGAAAGGAACAAUGGAGACGUGUUAUCCGGUGGAUGAGGUGACUACGACGAGUACGUCGGAGUCUAAAUGCUCAAGUCACGUGGUUUCACCGGGCGUCACGUGUUCGGACAACGUCGAGUCGAAAUGGGUUGAUGAUCUCGAGGACGCGUUCGUGUUUGGUUCCAUCGAGUCGUUGCGAAAUGACGCUUUUGUCCCUCGGUUUCCGUAUCAGUCCGAUGAUUUCGCCGCAUCGUUCGAAGACCCGCCGGAGCAGAAGCCGUUCCCGGAUUGGAGUUUUGCUACUCAGGGGUGAAGUUGCUAAAGAGCACAAAUAUCAAAGCUUUCUGGGAGUAUCUAGCCACCACACACACACCGGAGGGAACUCGGUGUCGGAUUCUGACCCGGAAACCAAGUUGGGUCAUACAGUUAUCAGAGAUUCAGAGUUGGUGUCCACUGGUUGAUCCGACUCAUCAGCUAGAUUCGAUUUUUGUUUUAGAUGUCUAAAGAUACAUUGUAACUGUAGAAGCAACAGUGACCAUUAUAAAUCAUAUAUAUAUAUAUAGUCAUCAUAAUCAAUGAGCAUAAAGCUUAUUUUUCUUUGA